AUGCGAGGUAAUUCGGGUUUCUUGGUAGAGGAUAUAGACCCGUUUGUGGCACUUGUGGAAGGACCCAUUCGGAGAGUGUUGGGGACCGAGAGUGCAGGUAGAGGAGCAUCGAGUACCUACCAUUUAGGAGGACAAAGUAAUGUUGGGGAUAAUGUAGUACCUACAACGACUGGUCGUGGAAGAGGUAGGGGAGGUAGAAGUGCACAGAAAGAUAUGUCCAUAUUGAAGAUGCGAACCAAUCCUUACCGCAGUGAGUGUAUGUUACGAGGUGAAGCAACUACUUCUCCAGAGAUAAUAACUGGUAUAAUUCCUAUUUGUAGGCAUGAUGCAUAUGUGUUAGUUGACCUCGGAUCUACAUGUUCAUUCAUUUCAUGUGAUUUUGCAUUGAAAAUGCAUUGUGCCAUUGAAUCUUUAGGACAUGAUAUUUGUGUUUCGAUGCCUGCUGGAGGAGUAAUAAUGGUGAAUACUGUAGUUCGGGCUUGUUCUGUGAUGAUUUGUGGUACAAAUAUGUCAGUAGACCUAAUUGUGAUCAAUUUGCGAGAUUUUGAUGUGAUAUUGGGAAUGGAUUGGUUAUCUAGAAAUCAUGUCAUAGUUGACUGUUUAACGAAGGAAGUAAAAAUGGUUGUAGAUGGGGAAAUAAAAAUAGUGUUCACGGGUGACAGGAAAAUUGUACCUACAUGUUUGAUUUCUGCUGCUACUGCUUUUCAUUUAAUGAAAUUUGGGUGUGAUGCUUAUCUUGUGAAUGUGGUAGACACCGGAAUUGUUAGUCCAGGGGUUUCAGAGGUACCAAUAGUCAAAGAAUUCCUAGAUGUAUUUCUAGAAGAAUUACCUGGAUUGCCACCUCAACGAGAAGUGGAUUUUGAAAUUGAAACUAUUCCAGGAGUUGCUCCUAUUUCUAUAGCACCUUACAGAAUGGUUAGAGAGACUUCUAUACCUAAAACGGCAUUUCAGACACGAUAUGGUCAUUAUGAGUGUGUUGUUAUGCCAUUUGGUUUGACCAAUGCACCUGCAGCAUUCAUAAAUUCUGAAGACCAUGAACAUCAUUUAAGAAUAGUAUUACAAACUUUGAGAGAAAAACAGUUAUAUGGUAAGUUCAGUAAAUGUGAGUUCUGGAUGAAUAACAUUGUAUUUUUGGGGCAUAUUAUAUCUGCACAAGGUGUUCAAUCGGACCCAUCUAAGGUGAAGGCUAUUCAGGAGUGGGAAUCACCAAGAAAUAUUUCAGAAGUUCGUAGUUUUCUGGGAUUGGUUGGGUACUAUAGAAGAUUCAUGAAGAACUUCUCCAUUUUAGCAAAGCCAUUGACUAAUUUGUUAAAGAAACAAGUGACUUUUCAGUGGAAUGAUAAAUGUCAAGCUAGUUUUGAGGAGUUGAAAAAUAGAUUGAUUACAGCACCUAUACUUACAUUACCUAUACAAGGAGGGGAAUAUAUAGUCUAUACAGAUGCUUCACUUAAUGGUUUGGGUUGUGUAUUGAUGCAGAAUGGAAGGGUUAUUGCUUAUGCUUCUAGACAACUUAAACCUCAUGAACAAAAUUAUCCUACACAUGAUUUAGAAUUGGAUUAUGAUUGUACCAUUGAUUAUCACCCAGGAAAAGCAAAUGUUGUGGCAGAUGAACUUAGUAGGAAGACUUUGGAAAGGGUUGCAGGUAUGAUUUCAGAUCAGAUGAGUUCCUUAAUUUCGCUAAGAGCUAUGGAUAUGCAUUUUUCUAUAAAGAAUGGGGUAUUAUUGACUACAAUGAAGACUAGUCCCCAGAUACUAGAUGAGAUCAAACAUGCACAAGGUAGUGAUGCAUACUUAAAGAAGUUACAGAAGAAGGUGCAAGAUGGUAAGACAAGUGAACUAAUCGAGCGAGAUGAUGGAAUGUGGGUUAUGAAAACCAGAGUAUAUGUACCUAAUGUAGCCGCAUUGAAACAAAAGAUUCUUUGGGAGGCUCACAAUUCUCCUUAUUCAAUGCACCCAGGGAGUACAAAAAUGUAUAACAAUUUGAAGCCACAUUAUUGGUGGUCAGGCAUGAAGAGGGAAGUUGCAGAAUAUGUAGCUAAAUGCCUAACUUGUCAACAAGUGAAAGCAGAACAUCAAUCACCUGCAGGGCCGUAUGAGAUUUUAGAGCGGGUUGGUCCUUUAGCCUAUAGACUUGCAUUACCCCCAGAGUUAGCUCAAGUACAUAAUGUUUUCCAUGUUUCUAUGCUUCGACGAUAUCGAUCUGAUCCUAGCCAUGUCAUCAAGAUACCAGAAAUUGAAGUUUCUGAGAAACUCACAUAUGUUGAAGAAUCGAUUCAGAUAUUAGACCGACAGGUUAGAAAAUUAAGAAACAAGGAAAUUCCUAUGGUAAAGGUGAAAUGGAGUCAACAUUCAUCUAAGGAAGCAACUUGGGAAGUAGAGAAGCAUAUGAUGGAUAAAUACCCGAGCUUAUUUGGCAUGUCUGUUGGCGAUUAG